UGAGUUCUUUCUGCAAACAGCUGCUGAAGAGUUAACAGACUGCGCUGAGUAUCAGUCCUGCAUCAGGGUCACCAUGAGCAAGUACACAGUCCAGGUCUCCACUGGUGACGUUCUUUAUGCUGGCACCUCUAACAGGAUCUACAUCAAGUUAAUUGGUGCAAUCUGUAAUAGUGGACCACAUCAUCUUCACACAGUAACAGGCUUUUGGGCUGGAUCGGAGCAAACGUUCACAGUCGAGUGCAAAGAAAAUAUCGGCCAACUCUUACUGGUUGAACUGGAAGCUAAGUCACCAGCCAUUAUGGCAUUAAUUGACGAUGAGUGGUUUUGUUCCGAAAUCACUGUAACGACACCUGAAGGAGUCUGUAUUCUUUUCCCAUGUCAUCGCUGGAUGGGCUGUGAGAAGAAGCUGAUUCUCAGGGAUUCUGUAGCCAUGCUAAAAUCUCAAGACACGGUUUGUGAACUGGUGGCACACAGACAAGAGAACCUGAAGAGACGCCGCCAAAACUUCAAUUGGAGGAUACAUGCUCCGGGAUUACCUCACGCUGUACUUGCUCAAAGUCCGUAUGAGUUGCCCCCUGAGGUCAGAUUCUCUUUCACCAAAGACAAAGAAUUCAAGUUCACCUCAGCUGGAGCUUUCAUGAAGCUCAAACUGGAAUGCCCUUCAUAUGACACUUGGAGUAGGUUGGAAGACCUCAAUGGGCUGAUCUCCAACAAGACAAAGACUUUCGAAUACGUGGAAAAGAAUUGGAUGACGGAUGAAUUCUUUGGAUACCAGUUUCUAAAUGGCCUGAAUCCCAUGAUCAUCAAGCGCUGCUCAAAACUGCCUAAAAAAUUCCCGGUCACCAAUGAAAUGGUCAAAAAUUUUUUACCAGAUACGAGCUCAUUGGAAUCAGAAAUGAAGAAGGGAAAUAUCUUCCUCUGUGACUACGAAAGACUGAGAGACCUUGAGGGAAAUGAGAUCAACAAGAAAAAGCAGUAUCUGGCUGCUCCACUCUGUCUGCUUUUCAGCACUCAGGGCAAACUGAUGCCAAUUGCCAUCCAGUUGAACCAGGAGCCUGGACGAGGGAAUCCCAUCUUUCUGCCCUCCGACUCCGAGACUGAUUGGUUGUUGGCGAAGAUCUUUGUGAGAAAUGCAGAGUUUAAUGAACAUGAGCUGAACUUCCAUCUGCUGCGCACUCACCUGAUGGGGGAGGUCUUCACUGUGGCCAUGAUGCGCAACUUGCCUUCAUGUCAUCCGCUGUUCAAGCUCCUGAUACCUCACACUCGCUACAAUCUCCAGAUCAACAUCAUGGCCAGGAGUGUGCUGAUCUCAGUGGAUGGGGUUUUCCCUCAGUUUACUGCCAUUGGAAACAACUCCAUGACAACCUUCCUGCAAAGAGCAGCCUCUACUCUGACGUACAGCUCCCUCUGUAUUCCGGAUGAUAUCAAGGAGAGGGGAUUGGAGAAGAUUCCCCAUUACUACUACAGAGAUGAUGGUCUGGAGCUGUGGAACAUCAUUUUAAAGUUUGUGUCUGGAUUUGUGUCGCAUUACUACAGCGAUCAAGACGUCCGGGCAGACAAGGAGCUGCAGGCUUGGCUUACCGAGAUAAGAGAAAACGGCCAGCUAGAACAAAGUCAGGCUGGAUUUCCAAAGUCUUUCUGCACUGUCGAAGAGCUGGCUAAGUUUGUGACCAUGGUGAUCUUCACAGUGUCUGCUCAACAUGCUGCGGUCAACAGCGGCCAGUUUGACUUGGGGGCAUGGAUGCCCAACUUUCCAAGCUCUCUCCGAUGUCCACCACCUCGUCAAAAAGGAGAAACCACAAGGCAGUCUAUUCUUGAGACCUUACCUGACGUCAGCACCACAGUUAAUGCAAUAGCUGUUGUCUACUUGCUAAGCCAGGAGGGCUCUGAUCGGUAUCCGCUUGGACAUUACCCUGAGGAGCUGUUCAGUGAGGAGGUGCCGCUGAAACUGAUAACUCAGUUUAAAAAUAAUCUGCAGGAUCUUGAGAAGAAAAUUGAUUCCAGAAACAGGAAGCUUGCUCUGCCGUACACUUACCUGAAUCCACGAAAUGUGGAUAACAGUGUUGCCAUUUAGAAUGAGGGUCUCUUUGAUUUUUGGCUUUGAGUUUCUCUUCUGGUGGAACUAAUCUGACUUUUCAAUUCACAGGGCUGUCCACAAAUAUUGUAACCCAGGCAAACGAGCAAGAAUGGCUAUAAAAAACCUUUAUUUGAAGUACAAUUGUUGAAAGAAGGAGCCUAAAUCUAACCAGGAAAUCAAUAUUUUCCUCAAAUCUAUGUGAGGCACAGUAGUUAGACUCUUUCAUUUAAUCCUUUGUGCAGUCCCCCUUUGCAAGGAUAAUAGUUUUCUCCUAUAAUGCUUAAUGGGGCUGGAUGAAAGGAGAUCUGAGACCAGUCCUCCAUACAGAACCUCUCCAGAUCCUUCAGAUUCUGAUGUCCAAUAUAAGGACUCUCCUCUUCAGCUCAUCCCACGGGUUUCCUAUGGGGGUUUAGGUCUGGGCAUUGUGAAGGCCAUUGUCCUGGAAGAUCCAAUCAUGGCCCAGUUUAAGCUUCCUGGCUGGAAGGUACUUGAUGGAGUCCAUGAUACUGUGUAUCUAAACAAGCUGUCCAGGGUCUUUGGAAGACAAACAGCCCUUCUUUGGCUACUUGAACCAUCCUCCUCACUGUGUGUGGGUUCCAUAUAGACAUACUUCAUCUUCCUGGCAGAUUCUUAACAUCUGAAUUAUUUCCCUGAAAUAAUUGGGCAUUUUUAAUUGAAAACGGGCAUUUUUAACUCUUUAUCUAUUUUCUUGUAUCCACGUCCGGUUUUGUGUGGCUCAACAACAUUUAUCAGACAUCACUGCCAUUUUCUCUGGUCUUUCUCACAGUGAGAGAUGACUAAGGUAAUUUGGCCUGUGUGUCACCUUAUAUUUAUGCCCCAGUGAAACUGGAAGGCAUGGCUGACCAUUUAAUUGUUCAUAAAAACUCAGGUGAACUUUACCACAUAAACGAUAUGAAUGGGAAAGCACUUCUGUUUGAUUUCAGAUAUCUUAGAUUUUUGUUAAAAGUUUAAAUGCCUGAUCAAGAGAACAAGUAAUAAAGAAUGUUUUUACUGGUCACUUUGCUCAUGUUUACCAGGGGUGCCCGUAUUUGUGUAGGCCACUGUACAAUGCAACAAAGAGAAGAGUGACUUACAGCUUUCUGCAGUGGAUGAUAUAGAAAGUCCUUCUAGGGGGUGAUGGGCUGUUUCUUUUAUUCUGUUAUUACUUGCUAUAAACCCAUAAUCAAUGAAAUGACUAUGUGAGUGAGGAAAAACACUCAUGUGAUUUUGUUCGCUCCUCACUACAUUUUACUGUGUUCUGUUACACUUCUUCAAUAAAUGCAGCAGAAAACAAA